AUGGAGUACUUUCUUGACCAUCACAUGUACACUCCUAUUGGUCGUGUAGUCUCUGCGGACCCUGCCCAGUUCUGGGCCCUCGACAGCGGCAUCCAUCCCACCCAACUGGCUGCUCUAGCUAGUGUGAGCCCUGCUGAAGCGGAGUUCUUCCUGAUAGGCCUAGGGCGUCGUCCUUGGCCUGAGGUGGCCUCAGCACUGUAUGUCCGCCGUGCUUUGCUCGAGGGAACUCUGCGGGCGCCUUUGGAGCAGCUCUUCGACAUAUUCGACGAGAACAACUCCUCUACGAUCGAUUCCCGAGAGCUCCGUAGUUGCUUGAUCGCUGUGGGCUCUCCGACCAAUCUAGACCCGAGGCAUUUGGCGCUUUGGGUAAGGCAGUUGGAAAUGAACCCGGAAGGAACGACGGAGGUAACCAAGGAGGAGUUCGUUCAGUUGAUGGCCCCUGUGAUGCUGAUCGAGCUCGACUGGUUUUCUGUUGGCCAAGCGAAUCCACUUGUGGGAGCGCUCGAAAAUAUUUUCCAUGACUUUGAUGAUGAUUCUACUGGAAGUCUCGACUUGGGAGAGUUCCAGAGGUUCAUCCAGAAGAUCACGAAGGACGCCAUUGUCAAAUUGAUCCGGGCUGAGAUCUCCCUCCUAUUUAACGAUGCAGAUAUCAACGGUGAUGGGGAGGUGGACGUGGGCGAGUUCCUAGAUGGCUUCGUGGAAUGGCUAUCGGGUGGAAAAAUAACUGACCAGGAUUUGAACCUGGCUCUCGCGAAGUACAAACUGCGACACACCCGUCCUGUCAGAAUUCUCGAGGCUGCAGCGGCCUUUAGGAAGCUCCCGUCGUCUUGUCGGCUGGCUCCUAGUCUUCCACUCGAGUGUAUCCUCUCCCGGACCCUCCUGGCCCCUCUGGGCAGCACUAGGAUGGAUGCCGCCAGUGGCUUGCUUUCGACUGAUCCCAUGCUGGCUGCAGCGUUCCUGUUGGAGCGAAGUAAAGUGGAGAUGCCUCGAGCCAGCGAGUUCAAUCUGGAUAAGAGCGAACUCCCUCCUGAGGGAGGCCCUGGUCCGCCGAGGAGGUGGUCGGCCUUCUUUAGCAGUGUGGUGGAAAAGAAGGUCGCUACUUCGAGAUGGUCCCCUCUGAGGCUUCGAAGGGAUAUGGCAAGGGCAGUCCUGCAUGGCACAGAGGCUCACAAGUUGAGGCGCUCCUUGGCGUCCCUCACUGUUUCGGGCGUGCAGGGUGUAGAGCCAAGCAUACCAUGCGAGGCUCGUAGACUAAGAUUCACAUGGUACUCGAAGCCUUUGGGUAUAUUCGUGCCCGGGGCCUCGUCCUGGGAGGUAGAUUAUGUUGUGGACACUAGGCAACCGGCCAUGUGGCGAGUGGAGGACCAGGCCUCGGCCCCAGGGAUCGUCGAUAAGCAGUUCCCAUUGAUGCUGCAUCUGCCUCGUCUGCCCCCCUCGAUCGACCGGAGUGGCCUGUGCCUCCUAGUUGAUGUGCUGGUCACGGUUCGGGCUGAGACUGAAGGGCCGAAGACUAGCACUCCGAUGGAUGUCUCUGUGGCUUGGACUCUCAUACCAGCGAACGAGAUACUAGGCUCGACGGGUGGUUACAGUCGGGAGGUGGCACUACAUGGCGGCAGCGUUGAGUGGAAGGAGGAUGUGCAGGGCAUGAACAGGACUAUCACUGGUCUCAGGCGGCUGUUUACAGGGCCACUUGCCGAAUCCAAGAUGACCAUUAAGAUCGGGAAUAAGCCAUCCACAGAGCAGCUGCAGUGCUUGUGUCUUCUACCAGACUGUGGUUACGUCUGUCCUCUCUACAUGGCCGAGAUGGCUCAGUUGUAUCGUCUCUACUGCCUCCUGACUACUCGUACCAAGUCAGAACGGGACUCCUAUGCGGCGGCGCUCUUGACUGAGAGCUCGGCGUAUACAGGCAGCUUGGAGGACCCAUUGGUGGUAGUCUUCCCUGCGAUCAUUGAUGACAGUAUCACGAGGCGAGAGUUCUUCGCAUCAUGGCGAGCAGAGUUGAAGGAGAUGCCCAAGGACCAGUGUGAAGAUGACAUGUCCUUGAUACGUCUGCUCCAGGCCCUUUGUCUGAGGUUCUGGCUCGUGAAGGGAUGUGUCACCGGUGGAGAUGAUAGGGAGAAGAUUCGAUUCCACAUAGAAACCGAAGGAACUGUGAGGGCCAGAGAGGCACAGCGCCGGUCCUGGCAUAUGGGGGGAACUGGGCAGGUGCGCUCCAUAGGAGGAGGACGGACGGUUGAGGGUAUACGCGCCGACCAAUCAGCGUGGUUAGCUAGGGAGAUGCAAGCCUCUGGAAGGCUGCAGCAGGGCUUCAGACCCAUGCACAGUAGUGAGUUCACGGAUAGAGCCAGAGGCAUGAUGGAAGGCCAUGAUCCUUUGGCCAAGUUCGCUCUGACGCUUCCAUGUUGA